AUGCGGCAAGAGCGGACAAAUGCCGCACACGACGAUGUGUUUGAUGUGAUCGUGGUUGGGGCAGGAUGGAGUGGCUUGAUCGCAGCAAAGACGUUCCUCCAAGUGCGGCCAAGCGCAAACCUCUUGAUCAUCGACAGUGACUCCACCAUCGGCGGAACAUGGAGCAAAAGUCGACUAUAUCCAAACUUGCGCUGUGAGGCGGGAUGGGGUCUUUUUCACUUCUCGGAUCUGAACAUGGACCAUGAAGGCAUCGGGCGUGAUGAUACCAUUCCUGGAUCCGCAGUAUAUCGUUAUCUCGACGCAUAUGCGGCCAAAUUUGAUCUGCACCGGCGCACGUUGCUCGACACCAAAGCAGAAAGGAUCGAAAGGGUGGACCAGCCAAUUCCAUGGCGCUUGCGGAUCUUGACCUCUCAGACGCCGCGCACGCUUCACUGCCACAAACUCAUCGUCGCAACGGGCCUGACAUCAAGACCAUUUAUACCUGAUGUCCCUCGCGAUGACUUUCGUGGGCAAAUCUACCACUCCAAGGAACUGGGCAUACUGGCGACUCAAGAAGCCUUAACUGACGAUGCUGUGCAAGAUGUCACGGUAUAUGGAGGAUCCAAAUCAGCUUUCGAAGCAGUGUACUACCUCGUGCAGCUGGGCAAGAGAGUGCAGUGGAUCAUCCGGCCAGACGGUGGAGGGCCCUCCAUGAUGACACCGGUGAAAAUGCUUGGCUUUCUUCCCAGCUUCAACCUGAACAACACCCGCUUCUUUGGGGUGCUUUCACCCAAUGUAUUUGAUAGAAGCAGUUGGUGGUACCGAUGCUUCCACGGACCCCACAGACUAGCCAUCGCUGACUGGGUUGUCAUGACAUAUUGGCGUGUCACUACCUGGAUGAUGUGUCUCUCAGCCAACUAUGGCCGUAGUUGCAAUGGGGAGAAAUUGAAGCCUCAUCUUGGACUGGAGUCUUCGUUCUGGAGUCCCGCCACAUUGGGCGUGAUGACGUGCCCCAACCUGUGGGACUACAUCCACGACGCAAAGCUCAUCACAGUCCACCGUCAAUCGGUGCAGAAGCUUUCUAGCGGCCACGUGGAGCUCGAUAACGGCGUGUGCUUGGCGAGUGAUGCUUUCAUCUUCGCCACUGGCUGGCAGGCCAAUCACUCCAUAUUCGACGAUGUUGAAUGCGAAGACUUGGGGCUUCCGCGGCCGCCCGAUACUGUCAGUGGGAAGAGCUCAGCCUUCAUCCAGCUUCGACGGUCAGCGGAGGAGAAAGUGGUCCGCGAUCUGCCUUUGCUGUCUCACAGCCCGCCUGGCUAUGAGGUCCAGCCUGGGGACGACUACCAGUUGUAUAGAUUCCUUGUUCCGACGUCGGAGAAGUACGGCGAUGGCUCCAUCGCAUACAUUGGCUUCCUGCGAAACACUGGUCUGCCGAUCGUGUUGGAAGCGCAGGCACUAUGGGCGACAGCGUACUUGCUCGGAUUGAUGGAGCUUCCGGGACACGAUCAGCGGCAAUGGGAGGCCGUUCAGACGAGUGCAUGGAUUCGUAGACGGUAUCUCUGCGGCAGAAAAGUCCCGUUUGCGCUUUUUGACUGGUUUUCGUACGUCGACCAGCUCUAUGCAGACUUGGGAGUCGUGUCUCGUCGAAAGGGCAAUUGGUUCUCGGAGACUUUUGCUGUGUAUCGGCCGGAGGAAUUUCGUGGAGUGGUGCAGGAGUGGCUGGCAGGGCAUCAGCCUGUCAUGUGA